AUGCUAGCGGCUGGAACCCUGGUGACAGCUGUGCCAAUAGUCCGCUGGUACAUGCGGCGUCGAAAGAUUGCCUCGUUUGAAUACGGACCAGUAGAACUGUCCCAGAUGACCCUGGCAGCAGCCAAGGAGCUGCAUCAGAAAGGCCAAGACGCAUCCGUUAAGAGGACGAGCCUCAUCCCAGAUGCACUCUUGGAUCUCGAGGAGCAAGCAGACGAGAUGGCCUUCUCGCUGGCCCCGGAUGCUGAACUUGACGUACGAGCCAAGGCUUUGCAGGCCGUCGGUGCACCGCCGUUCAAACGUUUCCUUAGACAACGCCGUGUUCCUGACCUGGUUCGCAGCAAAUGCCACACCUUGCAGCUGAACAUAGGACUUUACUGCAACCAAGCUUGCAGCCACUGCCACGUAGAGUCAUCGCCGCUUCGGAAGGAGAUGAUGUCGCAGGAAGUGGUCGAUCGCUGCCUCCUGCUUCUGAAGAACUCCCCUACUGUAAAGGUAUUGGACAUUACGGGUGGAGCCCCGGAGCUGAAUGACGGCUUCCGGCGCCUGGUGCAGGGAGCUGCUGAGCUCCGGGAGACUGGCGUCAGACCGGACUUGCGCAUCAUCGACCGCUGCAAUUUGACGGUCCUUCUGGAGCCAGGCCAGGAGUCGCUGCCUUCCUUCCUGGUGGAGACAGGGGUCGACAUCAUCGCCUCGCUGCCGAGCUACGAGCCAGAUCAAACUGACAGGCAGCGCGGAAGAAAAGUCUUCGAAAGGAGCAUUCAGGGCCUCCGUAUAUUGAACAAGCACGGCUACGGAUCAGGUCAGGGCGGGCGACGCCUCGAUCUUGUGUUCAAUCCGCCCGGGCCGUUCCUACCGCCCAAGCAGCAACAGCUUGAGAUGAAGUACAAGCAGGAGCUCGAAAAUUCCUAUGGCGUGAAGUUUGACAGUCUACUUACCAUCGCCAAUAUGCCCAUCAAGCGAUAUUUCGAUUUCUUGCGCAAGAAAGGCACGCUGGAGGGCUACAUGGACCUGCUAGUUCGCAACUUCAACGAAGACACGGUCGCGGAUCUCAUGUGCACCAACACGGUCAAUGUUGGCUGGGACGGGAAGAUGUACGACUGCGACUUCAACCAGCAGCUGGACUUAGGUCUUGGGGGUGGCCUGAGCGUCUUUGACGUGGAAACCCUGAACGAUCCAAAGCUGCAGAAGUCUGCGAUUCUGACUGCUGCUCACUGCUACGGUUGUACAGCGGCCCAAGGCUCCAGCUGA